AGCCAAUAGCUGAAAUUGUAUCUAAUUGUCACAUCUUUUAAUUUAUUUAUAUCUAGUGAGUUGUCUUGUUGAACACAUUCUAUUACUAUAGUUCGAGAAUAUUCAAAAAUAUGAUGUAAGCUUCUUUUCAUUAAGCAAAGAGAUUAGAGUUGUAAGAAAUGGAAUUUUGGAAUUUCCUCCGCAAUAUAUUUGGCGGAAACAAUUCGGAUAAAUUAAUAAAAGGUAAAAAAUUUGCUGAUUGUGAAGAUAAUUAUGAUGGGGACAAUUUUGGAAAUUCAAUAUGGCAAAUUGAUGUUUACGAUAAUCCGAGAUAUUUUGGAAGAAACAAUCACUUUAAUAUCUUUAGUGAUCCAUUACAAAUAACAAGAUACUUUGAAUCUCAGAUUGAGAAUAUAAUGAUGAAUUUUAUUUAUGGGUUUCAUAAUGAAGAUAAUGAUGCAAAUACAAAUGUAUUUUUAUUUGGACCUUCAAAUGCUCCUUCACAGAGAGAAAAUUUACGUGAUAAAAUGUUGAAACCAAAUAAUAAUCAGACUGGAUUAAAAUUAGAUACAGAUUUAGAUGGAAAGAUUACUGUAGAUAAUUUUUCUAAUAUUUGGGAUGAGCAUGACAAGUCAAAAUUUGAAAUAUCACGUCCUCGUAUAUUUGGAAAAUCCAUGAGGAAAGAAUAUAUUCGUAAACCUGAUGGAACAAUAGAGCAAAAACAAAUUAUUAAAGAUUAUGAAGGAAAUGAAGAAACUAUGGUAUCACAGCAAAUUGGCGAUAAAAUUCACACUAUUGUUACAAAAAUAGAUAAAAAUGGAAUAGAAACAAAAACAGAAGAAUUUUGUGAUGUAAAUGAAUGUGACUUAUUUGGAAAAAAAAAAUUAACAUCAAAUGAAAAUAGAAAUUUUCUCGAUAGUGAUUUAAAUUUCUUCUCUUGGGAUAAAUUUUUUAAACCUAAUCCAAAAUUAUGAUAUAAUUAAAUAAAAUUUAAAUAGUA